GUGGCGGGUAGCGGAAUGGCGCCUUCUUUCUCCGCUUCAGUCUCGGGGAGAGAGGGAGGGAGUGAGCGAGAGACGGCGAUGGAUCUCUCAGGGUUCAGGUCUCUAGGUCCUCUGGUUCACCUCCUUAUCCCUCUCUGCAUUCAUUGGAUAGCGGAGGAGAUGACGGUCUCCGUGCUCGUCGAUGUCACUACUGACGCUCUCUGCCCUGGCGAAACGACGUGCUCCCUCGCUAUCUACCUUACGGGAUUGCAGCAGACGGUCGUUGGAGUGUUCAAGAUGAUUGUUCUUCCUAUCCUUGGCCAGCUUGCGGAUGAAUAUGGGCGCAAACCAAUGCUUCUUAUUACUAUUUCUACAUCUAUCGUUCCAUUUGCUCUUCUUGCUUGGAAUGAAUCAAGGCCCUUUGUCUAUGCAUAUUAUGUUGCCCGAACAAUUUCAUAUAUCAUAAGUCAAGGAAGUAUAUUUUGUAUAUCAGUUGCUUAUGCGGCAGAUGUUAUAGAAAACAGUAAGAGAGCCGCAGCUUUUGGGUAUAUCACUGGUCUUUUCUCUGCUUCACAUGUGCUGGGUAAUGUACUUGCACGUUUUCUUCCGGAAGAUCAUAUUUUUGAGGUCUCAAUUUUUCUCUUGAUCUGCUCCACAAUUUACAUGAAGAUAUUUCUGGUAGAAACGGUUAAAAAAGUUCCUGGAUCAACUGGACUUGCACCUUGUGCCUUCAUGUUUAAGAAUCUGCUUCGGAAUCGAGUCAGUUCAAUGAAAGACACUAUUUCAGUGGUUACGAGAAGCGGAAUACUUAAGCGCAUAGCAUCUAUUUCUUUCUUCUAUGAGUUGGGAAUGUCUGGCAUCACCAGCGUGUUACUUUACUACCUAAAAGGAGCUUUUGGCUUUAGCAAGAAUCAGUUAUCAGAGAUACUGAUGAUGGUGGGAAUUGGUUCUAUCUUUUCUCAGAUUUUGGUGCUACCAGUCAUCAACCCCAUGAUAGGAGAGAAGGGGGUUCUCUGUCUUGCAGUGGGUGCAGCAAUUGCUUAUGCUCUACUUUGUGGUCUUGCAUGGGCAGCUUGGGUUCCAUAUCUUGGUGCUUCUUUUGGCGUUGUAUAUGUUCUUGUGAAACCUUCUACUUAUGCAAUCAUUUCCAAAGCAACAGAUGCAAAUGAUCAGGGGAAGGCCCAAGGAUUUAUUGCCGGGGUGCAGUCUGUUGCAAGUUUACUGUCUCCAAUCGCUAUGAGUCCAUUGACAUCGUACUUUCUGUCCGACGAUGCGCCAUUCAACUGCAAGGGUUUCAGCCUCGUGUGCGCGUCCAUCUCAAUGGUCGCUGCUUUAUGUCAAGCGCUGAUGCUGAAACCUAGGGAGGAGGAAGAUGGUGAACAAGGAUGCCAAGACGUGAACAACAACGGCAACAACAACAACCUUGAGGCACCCCUUCUCGUUUAAAACAAUGUCGACUGUGUCGGUGACCAGUUAUGGAAGAAGGAAUAUGGCGGCACUUCCAGAUCGGAGCAAUUCUCUUAGCACUCUGCAUAUCAACAUAGCACGUGCUUGCUACUUCUAGGCUUCAUACCAAAUGUAAAUUUGAAAAAAAAAAAAAAAAACCUGCAAUGUAAAUAUUUCUUUAUUAAAUUAUCAGAAGCUCUUUUGGUUGCUUCUCAA